AUAGUGAAAGUUCUGGUUUUUUUCUUUGUAAAUAAAAUGUGUCACUUAUGAGUGGAAUAUUGAAUUCGUUAAAAAACUUAGCCACUGGUGCCGGAGGACCUGGUGGAAAAAAUUCAGGUGACGGAGGUGAUACAGCAAAUAUGCGUUUUUCGAUGAGUCCAUCACCUGGUGAUUCGGGUUAUAAUCAAUGGUUGGAUGCAAUGAAAAUGGUUUCACAGUUACCUGGUGGUAUACCACCUGAGUUUCGUAAGCGUCUAUGGAUUACUUUAGCCGAACGAUAUUUACAAACAAAAGGUGUAAAUUGGUCACAAACAGAACGUGCAUGUUUUAAUGAAUGGUCAAAUCCAGAUGAUACUGAAUUAGGUGUACAAAUUGUUAAAGAUUUACAUCGUACCGGUUGUAGCUUAUUUUGUGGUACAGCUGGACAAGAAAAUCAAGCAUUAUUGAAACGUGUACUAUUAGCAUAUGCCAGAUGGAAUAAAGCUGUUGGAUAUUGUCAAGGAUUUAAUAUGCUUGCAGCAUUAAUUUUACAAGUUAUGGAUCGAUCUGAAGUUGAUUCUGUUAAAGUGAUGAUUUAUUUAAUUGAAGGAGUUUUACCUGAAUCAUAUUUUGCAAAUAAUUUACGUGGUUUAUCCGUUGAUAUGGCUGUGUUUCGUGAUUUAUUACGUUUACGUUUACCAAAUUUAUCAAGACAUUUGGAUGCGUUACAAAAUGAUGUUCAUGAAGGUACUUCAUAUGAACCACCAUUAACCAAUGUUUUUACGAUGCAGUGGUUUUUAACAUUAUUUUGUAACUGCUUACCACAAAUAACAGUAUUACGAGUUUGGGAUUUAAUUUUUUUAGAAGGUAAUGAAGUAUUAUUACGUACAGCCUUAGCAAUAUGGGAUGGAUUGGCUGAUCGAAUUUUGGCUGUGAAUAGUGCCGAUGAAUUUUACUCAAUAAUGGGUGUAUUAACACGUGAAAUGUUAGAAUUUGGUUUUAUGGAUGCCAACACACUAGUUAAAUCAAUUGUAUCAAUACAAGUUUCACAAGAAUUACCUGAACUGCGUGAUAAAUAUUUGUACAAUAUUACACCAUGGACUCAAACUGUACAAUCUGCAGCGAAAAAAGGUUUUAGAUUAUUUUAUUCUGAUGAUGAUGAUUUAGAUAGCGAUAAUGAUGAAAAAAUGGCAGUCACAACUGUGUACGGAAUAUCAUUACGCAAGCGACGAGACUCGGAAAGGCGGCCAUCUACUACUACAAGUACAAUACAACCGUACGCUUAUGGUCAUCCAGAUCGUGAAAAAUUAGCAUUGGAUAUAUCUGCUUUAAAACAGCAAUAUGCCAAACUAAGGGAGCGUCAACGUCAAGCACAUAUCAUUUUAACUGCAGCUUGUGCUCGACAACCAAUAAAUCACUCUCCAAAUCCAGCACCAAUCGCAAUGAAUCACCUGCUCUUGGGUAAAAGUGCAAUAUUAAGUGUUCGUGGUCGAAGAUUAGGCCCACCGCAAGGAGCUGUUCCACCAUCCCGUUCACAAAAGAAAGCCCAAAAAUCAUCAUCACCAAAAGAAAAUGGAGAAACAAUACAUUGGAAAGAUACAGCUAAACGACGCCCAUCACGACAAUAUUCACAAGAAGAAUUACAAAAGGAUCGUAUGCCGCAAAGUAAUUCAGCAGAAACAAUUGAAACAAUCUCAUCACAUCACCAUAGUGGUGGAGAUAGUUCGUCUAGCUAUUCAUCGGAUCAAGACGAUGACGAAGACGAUGCAAGUAGUACUUCCACGGAAUUGUGUGAUGAGCCCGGGCGUGUUAGUGAUAUUGACGAUUUAGCAGAUAUACCUAGUGAUGUAAUAAUAGAUAGUGAUGUUAACUUAAGGACAAACAAUUCAUCUGACGUUAUAAAAUCUGUGUCAGAAAGUAAAUUAGAUGAAGUGAAAGAAAUGGCAAAUUUAAUUACACAUUCAUUUUCAGAAUCAGUAUUAAGACCGGAAUGUACCAUGACUGAAUUUAAUGAGAAUCGAAAUUUAGAAAACAUUGAAGAAAAUGAAACAUCUUCCGAACCAGAAAAAAGUUAUUUGAGCAAUAUAUUAGAAAAUGAUGAAGAAAUUAAUCAAAUUUUAGAAAAAUGGAAUUCCCCGAAGAAGGAAAAUGAUGAAAUUUAUAAACCGAUUUCUGAUCUUAUUGAAACGACACCUGACCCAGUUGCAAGUUCACCGCCAAAAACUCCUGUAGAAAUUUUAAUAGAUUUCGAACAGGACGUCUCAGAAAUUAAAGAGAAGGAUAUUCAAAAAAGUAAUGUCGAUAUAGUACAGUCUCCACAAAUUGAAGCAAUAAAUAAUGAUGGUGAAGCAAAAUUGAUACCAUCACCCGAAAGUGUGAUUAAAGUGAAACCAAAGUUUGAAACAUCUCGAAGUAUAGAGGUUUUGCGUGAAAAUCAAACAAUACUGGAUAAUUAUCUAAAACAGCAAGGUUUAAAAGUAAAAGAGUCUGAUGAUGAAGAGGCAGAUAGCCAAGAAAAAAGUGUAUAUUCAAGUUUAUUCUUUUCUGAGACAUUAUGUUCGACUAGCAACAAUAGUGAUAGAAAAAAUAUUAUUGGACAAUCUGAAAAAAAUUCUUAUGAUAAUAAUGUGAUCCUAGGGGAUACUACAAAUAAUUUAGACAUAAAUAAUAGUGAAACAGAGCCAAAUUUUGAUAAUUUUGUGUUACAAAGAAGUGCUUUAUCGUCAAAUACUUGUGUAAAUAAAUCUGGUGCCUCAACUCCUGUUAAUUAUUUCGAUUUUGCAAAAUAUUUACGAGAUCGUGGAAUCGAUCUAUCCCCAGAAGAUAUCUUAAAAAUUCAACAAAGUCCUCCUGAUAAAGUGAACGAUAUUUUAGAAAAAUUAACACCGAUAUCACCUAAAUCAUUUCCCCCGCAAAUUGAAACAAACGAUCUGAGUAGAACAUUGGAACCAUUUAAUUUAAAACUAAAUACUCCAGAAGAAGUAAGUAGUACACCGCAAAGAGAAACAUCUGAUUUUGAAAAAUUUUUAGAAGAGCGUAUAAAUCUCAUCAAACAAUUAAGUUUAGAUAGUAUGUCUUCAACUAAAGUAAGAUUUGAUAGUGGAUCCGAUUGGCAUAAAACGCCAAGUACAGAUGAUCAGUGUACAGACCGAAAAUUUUCAAUAUCCUCAGAAACUGGUGAAGAGAAAGAUGAUGUUUUUGAACAUAAUGAAAGUUUGUCACCAAAACCUUCAUCACAAGUGGAAGCUAGUUCAGAUCUUAGCCCAGGAACAUUAGAAAUAAUAAAAAAAUAUGAGGAAAUAUUUGAUAAAAAAUCCGAACAAGUUAAAACACCAGAGGGCUCAACUUCACCAGAUCAAAAGCCAAAAGCAAGACUGAGUUUUGAGAAACAAAUUUCUUUAGAUAGCCUUAGUAUACCAGAAGAACGCUUAGAAACAGGACGACGUAAUAGUGAACUAGCAUUAAAAAUCAUACAAGAAAAUUCAAUGAUCUUACAUAAAAUUCUACAGUGUCAAACACAUUCAAUCGACGAACUUGAUGAAGAUUUAAAAAAAUCUUCUCCUGAAAUUGAUGUAAAGUCUACGAAUUUAUAUCAAGCAACUGAUGAUGAGAAAUUAAGACGCAAUUCGGAAAUAAAAGAUUUCGAUGUAACAUUUAAAUGGGAUCCUGGAGUUUAUGACGACAAUAAUAUCGAAACAGAUCAACGGUCUACCACGCCUACUAACAAUUGUGAGCCGAUGGUAACAUCACCAACGAAUGAAAUUAGUGGUAGCAACACCUUAUCUAGACCAAGUAGUUUUUCCCAAUUACAAUUUCCAUCAUUGGCAUCACCAACAAAUAAAAAGAAGACACCCUCACCAAUAGAUAAUUUUAAUCCAUUUCCAGUUCGCUCCACAAUACGACAACAUAAAGAUGUAGGCCUUAAAUUAGGCCUUUAUAAAGACUUAAGUCCUCUGAAGUCACCGACAAAAUAAUAAUAACUUUAUUGUGUUCACAAUAAAUAAAGAACACACUUUUUUAAUUGCAUAAUAGAGAAUAUUUUUUUAAUUUUAUCAAAACGGAAAGAGAAAAAUUUCUCUUUGUAGAUAUGAUUUUUAAAUGAGUACCUUAACGCUUUACUUAUCAAUUCGAGCCGUUGUACUACCUACAUGAAUAUAGUUCAUACUAUUUUAGAAAAAGCUUUUUGGAUUUUGUGGGGAUUUAUGAAAACACGAAAGGAAAUAUGAAAAAGUACAUAUACUAUACAUUAAUGUAACGGUUACCUACCGUAAAUUAUUUCGUUAAUAUCGUUUAAAAAUUAUGUGUAAAUGUUUCAAUUUCGGAAAACAUGUCAUAGUAUUAUUAAAUUUAACUUGUUGUGGCGUAAUAAGUUUGUACAAAGAGAACGCUAAUAACUAAUGCAUAAAACACGAUAUUUUGUAUUAUUUAAACUUUAAAUGUUCAUUGUUUUUAUCCUUCGAAUAAAAAGUAGGUUCUUAAUAAAUUUUAUGAGU